AUGGGUGGAAUCCCUGUCGGCAUCGAAGGUCGGCCGGACUUUGACUACGCCCAGUGGCUCGUGUUCGGCGACGAUCCUGCGCAGGAGAACACGCCACUGAGCGCGAUGUGGAAGCCGAAACCGAAGCCUAAGAUCACGCCGUCGCUGCUGAACUAUGCCGGGUUAGGCGAGUGCAUCGAGCCGCUCGAGCCCGUGUGGAGUCUGCAGGUGAUCCUGUCGCCGACGGAGCCGGAUCCUGCGUUGGAGGAUGCGCCCGAGGACAAGUCGCCGUCGCUGGACAAGGUCUGGCAGACAGAGGAGGGGUGGGAGAUCCGUGAUGUCUCUGGCCUGCGGCUGACUGUGCGGUGGCGCCUCGACGGAACCGGCUAUGAGGCGGCCACGAUAGGGCCGCACCGCGUGCGCUCGGGCCAGGCAGUGGUCAUCACCGACCCCCGAAUGCGGGGGUACAUCGCCGCAGCUGCGGCGCCAGCACAAGACUUGGUGCGCCUCCGCUUCUUCCUGAAGAAGGAGCCGACACGGCCGCUACUCGAAAUCUGGGGAGCCGCGGCAGGCUUCGGACGGCGCUUCGCUGCCUCGCUGGCCGACUCGCCCGACUCGAGUGCGCAGCGACCAUUCAUCCCGACAGAACUGGGAGUGUGGGAGCCGUUUGCGCAGAUGCCGGUCUGGCAGGCGAAGACAGACGCUUGUACCCCGAUUACCAACCCAGGACCGAAUGGAACGGUAUACCUCGUCCCGCGCGGCGGGUGUGACUUCAGCCAGAAAGCGGCGAACAUUGCCGCUGUUGGGGGAGCCGGCGUGCUGUUUGUCGAUACGCAGGAAGGCGACCUGUUCAAGCCCGCGAGGGGGAUCGGCGCUGAGCACGCGCAGCACAUCGCCGCCGCGCUCAUCGACAAACAGAGCGGGAGCACGCUCGAGAAGUUCCUGAAUGUGUUCGGGCAGGGAGGACUCAGUGUCCUGUACGAGGACAAUCGGCACGUCUCGGCUGAGACCGCGACGGAGGGCGGCAUGAGUGUGAACGGGUACGACAUCGUGAAUGUCCGAGUCGUGAAGAAUGAGGAAUGA